CAGCGAUCUUGUUAACAUGUCAGUCAGAGGCAGCAGUAAUAUUGCAGGAAAGUGAGCAAUACUUCUGGAGUGUGCUAAGAAAGGUCACAGCGUUGGAUAGACAGCUGGUGCAGAGAGAGGUUUUUAUUUCUUUACUUUCAAGGUGUGAUGGAGUGUGCUUUUCUCACCGUUAUCUUUGUCUCUUUCUCUGUGGUGUGUUCCUCUCACUACGGCAUCACAGACUGGGACGAUGUUGUGGUGACUAGAGAGGGCAUUCCUACCAUCCUGAACUGUUCUGAUACUACAGUGAGGGGUGCAAUGACCAUUAACUGGAAGGUGAAGCUGGUUGGUGAGAAAGAAUGGCAACUAGUUCUCUCAGCCAACGAAAAGCAGGAGUUUUCUGGCGGCGCCUUGAAGAAAUCCAUGCAUCUGACUGACCCUAAAUUUCAAGACUCCGGGGUGUUCUCCCUGUUCCUUCUUCCCAGAUUCGAGGACAGGGGUCUCUACUUGUGCAUGAUAAAGCAAAAGGAGAGGAAAUUGAAGGAGAAGAUCAUCCUCUUAGCCAUCCUGACAGUCACGGUUGUCCCCCCUGCACCUGUUCCUCGUAGAAGCACCCUGCGGCUGACUGCCCAUGUUUUCCCUGACUAUGCUGUCACCCAGAUCACCUGGGCAGCACCCAGUGGCACCAUUAUGAAGAGCGAGAGAAAGCCAAAAACAAGCGUAUUGGCCAAACUGCCUCAGAUGGAGGACAGUGACUCCGGGGCCUACGUCUGCACGGUUUACCCAUGGGGCAACAGCAGCAACUCGUUCCUCGCCUUCAACGUGAACGUGACUCUACAUGCUGACAAAGUGUCCUCAUUCAAUAAAACACUUGCAAAGACAGAGAUCUCCACUGCCACUAAGGUUAACACACCCAUCCACCUAACCUGUGCUGUUACCAAGGGGGAUUACGUCUUGCUCUACUGGCUGCAUCCAGACACCAAUAAGUACAGUGAAAUUAAGCUGGUGUACAAGUACGACCGGUGGAGGGGUUCCACCUUUAACAGGAAAAGCACAAUCCUGAAGUUGGCCGGCCCGCCCUACAACGCAGACGCCGGGAGCUUCUCCUUUCUGCUCACCCCUGGUUACAAAGAUGGUGGCCUCUAUGUCUGUGAAGUGUUCUACAAUGAAAACUCCUACAGCAAGAAUACAACGCUCACCGUGAUCAAAGUUAAAACCAGCAUAUCCUCCUCAAAGCUGGAAUUGGGGUGUCUAUACUCAAAGAGCUCCCAGGUGAGAAGUGCAGUUUGGAAACACCAGAACAAGAGUCACAAGCUGCAGAUGUCAAGCAAACAACCUGGCAGCAUCUUCACCUAUCUGCCCUUACCCAUCACUUCUGACACAGCCGGGAACUACACCUGCAACAUACAGCUGGAAAAUGGGCAGACCGUCAUUGCAACUCAAGCUGUCAAACUACCUAAUGAAGACAAGAAAGAUGUGAAGAGUGGCAGUGUGCCCACCCCCUCCCUACCACCUUCUCUUUCUGCUUUAUUACUCCUGGUGCCCCUGGUUGCUGCGGCUGUCGGUGUGUUGCUAUGGAGACAGAAACACAUUUCUGAUCGUGGUGUUGAGCACUCUUUGUCUGUCAUCUCGCGUGAAACAGAGAACAUCUAUGAGAAUCCUGAGGAUAUCAGACAGGCUCCUCCCCAGGGCUCAGUCUACAUGGAUUUGAAGCCAAGAGGAGAGAAUGAUGUCUAUAAGGAACUGGAGCGAUACUAACAGUGUCAGAGCUGAUCACCUACCCACAUCUCAUCCUCAUCCAUCUGUCACAUCCGCUCAGUUUCCAAGCUGCAGCAGAAGGCCUUUUUAAACAAAAGUAACAACUGAAUGUCAGAGUUGGGAUUGGAAGGGAAACUUUAAAGCUUUAGGGAAAUGUGUUUUUUCUUUAUUAUUCUAAGCUAUUUCUAUUCAUAAGAACUUUAUUACUGAGUUGAUUUUGAAGAUUGACGAUUUUCACAUAAUGCUCUAAAAUGUGUCCCAAAUGUGUGGGAAAUAUGUACUAUCGCUAAAAUUAUACUGUAAGGUGUUGUUCUUCUUUGUAUAUCUAUAUGUAACAAUAGUUGCUUUAAUAAAAAGUUCUGCAAUG